CUAAUAUGUUUUAUUGUUUUUUAAUAUAUCUGUGCAAACAACACAACCCAACGGAAAAAUUAAAAUCACAACGCUGAUAUCGAGUAUAUAGGUGACUAUAGGUAAUAGAACAAUAUGCGCAGUCCGUUAUGUUAUAUUAUGCCCAUGUUCCGCCAUGGAUAUCACCUGUUCGCGGUCUGUCCGUCAUUGGGUCGAGCAGUUCACACAGUCAAGUUCCAGCAGCCACGACCGUACCAGGACCAGGUUAGUCAAAGAUUGUGUGGGUCACGUCAGUGGUCCAAUAACACGAAGCAGCAAUUGAAGGUGGUGUCGGACAACCGCUGUUUCGGCGGACAGCAAAAAGUUUUCGAACACGACAGUGCCAUGUUAAAUUUCCGUAUGAGAUUUGCCGUGUACGUACCAGAAAAUUUGGAAAGACCUGCUCCAGUCUUAUACCAUUUGGGUGGUAUGUUAUGUUCUGAACAAACAUUUAUACAGAAGUCAGGGUUUCAACGAUGGGCAGCACAUUAUGGAAUAAUCGUAGUGUCACCAGAUGUCUGCCCUAGGGUUAGAUUAGGUGUUGAGAAUAAUCAAAUUGAAGCUUACGGCCAGUCAUAUUAUGUAAACGCCAUUAAAAAACCGUGGAGCAAGAAUUACCAAAUGUACUCAUAUGUGAACGAAGAGCUACCUAGUAUUAUUCAGAAACAUUUUAAUGUCAACAGAGACAAGCAGUCAAUCAUGGGCCACAGUAUGGGAGGACAUGGUGCAUUAAUAAGUGCUCUUAAAAAUCCUGGCAAGUUUUGUUCAGUCUCAGCAUUAGCUCCAGUUUGUAAUCCAUCUCAAUCACCUGAUGAACGAUUCAUAUUAGAGUGUUAUUUUGGAAAUGAUAACAAAACAAUGGAGAAAUGGGAUUCUACUUGCUUAGUAGCUGAUUAUAAAGGACCAGAGUUAAAUAUUCUCAUUCAUCAAGGAAAUAAUGAUGAACAUAAAGAUGAUUUAAGAUUGGAUAGUUUUAUAAGUGCUUGUAAAAAGUCAGGGAUUGCAGCUUCAAUAAAUGUUGAAGAAGGAUAUGGCCAUGGUUUUUAUUUCAUUUCAACUUUUAUAGAACAGCAUUAUCAUCACCAUGCUAAAUUUUUGUGUGACUCUUAAUAAUUUAUUAAAUUUGAUGUAUUUGUAAGUAGUAUUUAAUGUAUAAGUGGUGUGUUAAAACUAAAACCUAUGUCACCAAAUAUAUCUUACCUUCAAUUUUAAUUUGUGUAAUAAGAGAAUACAUGGAAAAUGAGUUAUAAUAAAUAAUACUUGGAAAAUA